AGCUAAGUCCUGCCUUAGUUUGAGAAGGGCUCUGAAAUCAAGACGAACUACCAGGCUCCCCUCAGGAUCUCUAACUAUAGCUGUGAGAGUCUCCAACUGCAGGUCUUGACUCCCAGAUACCCCUGAACCUUUCUGGGUCCUUGGGAGAUCCUACCUGUUGUCAUGGUGAUGGUGCCCCCUCUGUCUCUGUUGCUCCUCCUCAUCCUCACUGAGUGGGCCUCAACAGACUCGAUAGCCACCAGUCACUCUGUGCAAACCUCUUCCUCAGAUUCAAGCUUCUCAGUCUCUCACUUAACCCUGAAAACUACAUCCUCACCAGCCUCAGAAUCAAGUAUGGUCUCCAUGUCCUCUCCAGCCCCGGAGGCCAGACCUUUGACAUUCUUGACAACAGAGGCCAGGGAUAGCGCUCCUACUAUUGAGGUGGCAUCUGCCACCACUUUGGCUCCCACAGUCUCUGGGCUGACCCAAGUGGAUAAGGAAAAUCCCAGUAGCACCCAGGAACUGGCCACACAUGCAUCCACUCUGGCUGUUAGUGUCUCAGAUGCAGUUGCCAUGGUAACAACUCCCUCCUCUACACACCCUCCCUCUGAUACCCCCAUAAAGAUGGAGGAGGCUGACAUCGCAGUCCAAGAGACCACCACCCUGGUCAUUAAAGAAACAACCCACUCCAAGGUUAUUUCAGCCUACAUGACCACCUCCGCCAUGACAAGUUUCCAAGUGCCACAGACCACCUCCACAUCUUCCAUCUCACUGACAAAUGAGUCUCCUGCAAAUAAAUUGAAACAGGAUGGAGGUAACACCCUGUUGGUGAUCCUGGUUGUGGUGAUCCUGGUGGCGACUGUCAUGGUAGCCCUGUUCUUGCUGUGGCGUCGGCGGCAGAAGAGAAGGACGGGGGCUCUGAUGCUUGUGGGGAGUGGGAAACAUAAAGGAGCUGGGGAUACUUGGGCUGGACCAGUUCAGGGCACAGAGGACCAGGCUGCAUCUGGGUCAGCAGCAGUGGAAGGGGGCACAGGGAAUGCUGAAGGGGAGGGGAGUGGCCGUAGGCCCACACUCACCACCUUCUUUGGCAAGCGGAAGUCUAGACAGGGUUCUGUGAUGCUGGAGGACCUGGAGGCUGGGGCAGCCAUCAACAACCUCAGAGAUGAGAGUGAACCACUUGUGGAAAACAUGAAUGGAGUUGUAAAGCCCCCUGAAGCUGAUGGCUCAGGUGCUGAUGGGUCAGGAGCAGGAGACGGGAGCUUGCCCUCAGCCCCAGUGACCGAGGUGUGAAGGGACCAGCAUCAUCAAUCAAUAAACAAGGCUUUAUUAAAGUGUUCCAGGCACAGUGCUAGGCACUGCGAGGCAAGCGAGAUAGAAUUCCCUCAAGGAAUUUAACUUCCCCAUUCUUCAUCAACUCUUUCAGUCAUCUUACCAACCUGCUUUUUUUUCAUCGUCAUUAUCUCCAUCGACUCUACCUUCAUCUUCUCCAUGACCGUCAUUUCCAUCAUCUUUCUCUUCACCGUUACAGUCACUGAGUAUUGUCUGGGAAACACAGGGUGUCUCCAGUAAGAUCCUGAUGAAGUGAAAUUUCUGGACUGCCUGAUUUUUAAGAAAAAGAUAUUUUGACAAGCUCAUGUCGUGGAUUUGCCCAAAAAGACUUAUCCAGGGUCUACCAUAAGAGCCAUCACUUGUGCUUCAACUCAGGACAUUACCACCUGGCACUUAGUAGAGAUAGGGAUAGGAAUAGUGACCAGACCACUGAUUUCGUUGUUACAGAAAUUUCUAGGGAGGCUCAUGCCUCUACAAAAACGGGUCAGCAUCUUCUCUGCAAUGUAUUGUCUUAAAGAUUUGCUAGAUGUUGAAUGACUUGCCUGAAUCACGCUCGUGUCAUAGGUAGGAUUUAAACCCAAAUGUUCCUGGCUUUGAGAGCAGCUCGCUUUCUAACAUGCCAUGCUGUGCUGCCUCUCAGUAGUUCAUUUAAUCUAUUUUUAAUAAAUUCUUGUUAAUUGAUUUUUACAGGCACCAGAGCAGUAAAGAGGCCUUAGGCCUUGCUGAAUAUUCCCCAGGGAGCUUAGGGAUAUGGGAAUCCAAAUCAUACUGUCCCUGGAAGGUCUGUACUAAAGAGUUUCUUCCCAAGAGCUCGGGGGGGGGGGGGGGGGAGGGCGAAGGGAUAGGAGUGAGCACCAGGACGAAGCCUGGAAAGAUAGUGGAGAGGGAUGGUACAGAGAGAAUGUUGAUAAAGUUAUUGGGAGGGAGGGAGCUCUGGAGUCCAGGGGAAUGGAGUAAGGAAUGAGGUGAGCAUUACCUCUCAUAGCUGAAGAGUGGGAGGAGAUGAGAGAGGAAUGGAUGUCUCUUAUUUGUGGUCCAAUAAAGAAUUCAAGAGUUUAUUAAAAAGGCAAAA